GCCUCUUCCAGCUUGUGCUAUCCUAUGAAACUUUUGCUUGUUUGUCUGAAUUGAUGAGAAAAUCUUACAGUGACAAGUUCUCUUUACAGAAUGAUUGGGGAGAGGUUUUAGUAUAAACACCUUUUCUAAAAUCAGUUGAGAUUUAAAUCAAGUACCAUUGAGCCAAGUUCCUGUUAACAUCUGUGCCUGGAUCUCCUUGUUGAAACAUUUACCUAUUUUUUUUUAAUCCUGCUUCUUGAUUAAAGAUCCACAUUCUUGCAAAGUGGCUGACACUACCUCAAAAAAGUACUUGUUCCUUGGAAUAGUUUGUUCAAGGAACUCUGAGAAGUGCAUUUUAACGUUCUUUUUAUCUUUACAACGCUUCUUUAUGGUAGGUCAGGCCAACCUGGGUUUGCUCAGCAUCAUCAAACUGGCUUACCAGCACAGAUAAUGCUCAAGAAUCCUGGGAAUAUAUUGGGAGGGCCAUGGGUUGCCUACUCCUGCUCCUAUCUCAGCAUUGUGUAAUGGUUCUCUUGGGACACCUUGCUGUGUGUGUGUGUGUGUGUGUUUAUGAAAGCCUAAGAUAAACGGAUUCAAAGGAAGGGGAAUGAAUUAGAGACUGAAAUAGCAUUUUCAAAGGUUGAACUCACCCAGAAAAGACAUGACUACCGUAGUGGGUAAGUGGGUCAUGCCUGCCGAUUCGGGAGCAGAUGUCCAUUAGGGCUGUCUUCCGUCUCCUGCUCUCUCUAGGUUUUCUCCCACUGCUGUUGCACAUGCUACUAUAGGAAUAAUUCCAGUGGAAACAUAUACUGGGAUUGGGUUCAUGGCAUCUCAUGGUACCUUGGGCAAACUCUGCAGCGAUCACAAGGCAUCAGAACCUCUUCUGUUUUUUCCUAAUUUUGUUGUUCUUGGCUCAGUCUUACUGAUUCCUAAACUUUCCCCUUUUCCUCCGAAGAGCUGGAAGAUCAGCGAUCCUGCGAUGGGGUCCAGUCAAUGUAACGGAGGCUGGCUGCAGAUCACCCAGCAGGCAUUAUGGAUGAGUGGGGAUUUGAGCAUUACCUCUCCAAAGACGCCAUGGCACGGCGUAUGCGCAACAGCAGAGCCUGGCACUAUGUCCUGAGUGGGGUACGCCGUGAUGCAGACUCGCGGGCAGUAGCGUUGGCUUCGGGACCUCGUGGCUGGUCAUAUGACUCUGAUGGGCAGCACAGUGACUCUGAUUCAGAGCCCGAAUUUCCUUCUCUGUUGCCUUCCAUACCCACAGCAAUCCCGGUAACAGGAGAGUCCUACUGCAAUUGUGAGAACCAGAACGAAACCCCAUACUGGUCCAGUGUCCAUGCUGUCCACCGGAUUAAAGACUGUCAGUGUGGAGAGGAAGAUGAGUAUUUUGAGUGGGUGUGGGAUGACCUGAACAAAUCGACGGCAACACUGUUGACCUGUGACAACCGCAAAGUGAAUUUCCACAUGGACUACAGCUGUGGCACUGCUGCCAUCCGAGGGAACAAGGAGCUCUCAGAGGGGCAACACUUCUGGGAAAUCAAGAUGACGUCACCGGUCUAUGGCACUGACAUGAUGGUGGGAAUUGGGACAUGUGACGUGAAUCUGGACAAGUACCGUCACACAUUUUGUAGCCUGCUGGGCAGAGAUGAAGACAGUUGGGGCCUCUCCUAUACAGGGCUCCUCCAUCACAAGGGAGACAGAGUCAACUUCUCAACGAGGUUUGGCCAAGGCUCCAUUAUUGGGGUGCACCUGGACACAUGGCACGGGACUCUGACCUUCUACAAGAACAGGAAGUGCAUAGGUGUUGCAGCCACCAAACUGCAGAACAAGCGCUUCUACCCCAUGGUGUGUUCGACGGCAGCGAAGAGCAGCAUGAAGGUGAUCCGUUCCUGUGCCACCCACACCUCCCUGCAGUACCUCUGCUGCUACCGCCUUCGCCAGCUGCUUCCUGGCUGUGUGGACACGCUCGAAGUGCUGCCCCUUCCCCCAGGACUCAAGCAGAUUCUGCACAACAAACUAGGCUGGGUGCUAAGCAUGAACUGCGGCUCGCUCCAGCCCUCGUCUUCUGCCUCCUCGGGAAGCGAUUCAGAUUGCUCAGACGCUGAGGUGUGCCAACGGAAGAGAUGCAGGAGGACAUAAAUUUUCCUUAGAACAAAGACAAUGUCUUGAAGGAGGUUUUCCCUCUGCCUCCGCAAGGGUGGUUCAAGCUGGGGCCCAUCUUAAAGAUGGCACUUUUGACUAGCAGCUGUUUUUUGCCCUCCCUUAGAGUCUUGUCUGCAUUGCAAGAUCUGCCUUCCACGGGCCCACAGUCUUGCAAGCCGAUGCCCGCACUCCUGCUCGUCAACGGCAGCCUGCAACUUCUAUGGAAGAGGCUGCUUGCAACCAGAGACUUUGACCGGCCAGCUGCUUCCAGCAAGAAAACAGAUGGGUCCUGUUCAGUAGAAGAAAGUGGGGUGGCGACCCACUGUGCGGCGUUGGCCUGUCAUUCUGAUGGUGCCUCCGACACCGCAGGGCAGAGGAGCGGUGGUCCUUAGAGGAACAAAAGGGCUCUUGUAUCUGGUGUUUUUCCUCAGGUUUUGGCACUGACAGCCCUGGCUAUGGGGGUGGGGGGUGGUAUAUGCUGCUCGCUUCGACUGUAACGGAUCUCCUGUGAGCCUUGCAACUUCUUUAAUCACUUUGCAUGUUUAACUGCUGCUUCUCCUGUAUUGAGCUAUAUGAAAUGGCAAUUAAAACACAAGCCUGUAUUGAUUCUGA